AUCCUCCACAAUUCCGACUUACUAAACUCAAAAUUUAGUUUAUGAGUAAUUGAAGUGUCUGACAGACAAACCCUUCCACCAAUUACCAAAGAGAGAAUAAUAUGCCCUCAUCAUUCCUCCUCCACUAAUUAUUCUCCCUGCCUUGUCGUUUUGAACCCUCCGCCAAACAAAACGCACCCUCUCCUCUUCGCCACCCUUCUCCGCCCAAAUUCCCGCCGUUUCUCGAGCCUCCACGUCAUCUCCGCCCACCGCAGAGAGUGACGAAGGUCGUGGACGAUGAGCAACGUGUUCGAGGGAUACGAACGCCAAUACUGCGAGCUUUCGGCGAAUCUAGCGAAAAAGUGCACUGCUGCUGGUGCUCUUAAUGGAGAGCAAAAGAAGCAAAAAGUUUCUGAAAUAAAGUCUGGAAUUGAUGAAGCAGAGGCUUUGAUUCGAAAAAUGGACCUCGAGGCAAGAAGUUUGCAGCCAAACGUCAAGGGUGUACUUCUUGCUAAGUUGCGGGAGUAUAAAUCUGAUCUAAACAAUCUUAAAAGUGAAAUCAAGAAAAUUGUAUCUGGUAACUUAAAUCCUUCUGCACGAGAUGAAUUGUUGGAAUCAGGCAUGGCAGAUGCUAUGACGGCAUCUGCUGAUCAGAGGACAAGAUUAAUGACGUCAACUGACAGGUUGAAUAAAACCAGUGACAGAGUUAAGGAAAGUAGGAGAACAAUGUUGGAAACAGAAGAGCUCGGUGUCUCCAUUCUUCAUGAUUUGCAUUCACAGCGACAAUCUCUAUUGCAUGCGCAUAACACGCUUCAUGGAGUUGAUGAUAACAUUGGCAAGAGCAAGAAAAUUUUGACCAACAUGUCAAGAAGGAUGAACAAGAAUAAAUGGAUUAUUGGUGGCAUUGUUUUGGUCCUGGUUAUUGCCAUCGUCUUGAUCCUGUACUUCAAACUUUCUAAAUAGCCAAUGACUGACCUUUCCUUGCAAUGGCCAUAAAGGUCGCUAAGAUACAAGGAUUGCAAUUAUUUCCCAUUGACCCCCCUUCUCUUCUGAUUAUGAUUUGAGUGUUCGGACAAAGAUGGUGUGUUGUGCAGUGCUGCCAGAUAAUUUGGUACUAUUAGCUUCUUUAAAUGUAUGUAUCUAAUGCUGGGUUUGGCAUGUAUGGAAUAUUGAUCUUUUAUUUCUUUAUGGCCUGUUGCAUGAAUUAUCAAGAAACCAGAAUUCUUGUUGGUUUUGCUGUUCAAAUAUAAACGAGUUUUGGUUCUAAUC